GAGGAUGUUAGCUUCACGGUUAGGCUGCAGGCUAGGUAUACUGAUUUGGUGGUGUUGAAUAAGUGGGAGGGUGUUGGGGAGAGGAGGGUGGAGGAGGUGGUGGAUCGGUUGGGGGAUUUGGAGGUUGAGACUGCUAGGGUGAGGAGUGAUAGGGGGAGGGUCGAGGUUGGGGUUUUGCUGGGGUUGGAUUCGAGUCUCGCUGCUGGACUGGUGGAAGGGGAGGGCGGAAAUGGGGAGGGGGAACACGAACAUGAUCAUGGGCAUCGGAAUGAGGUGGAGGUUCUUAGUGUUGAGUUGAAGGGGACGCAAAAAGGAAAAGGGGUGGAUGCGGGGAAGCUGAUGGGGUUGCUUGGGAAGGCGCCGAAGGAUGAGGUUUAUAGGAUUAAGGCUGUGCUGACUGUGGGUGGGGAGGGGGAGGUGAAGAAUUCGGAUGAGGAUGUUCCUGUGACCAAGAGCCAGAGCGGGAGGUACAUUCUGAAUUGGGCGUUUGGGAGGUGGACGUUUACGGCUAUGGGGGGGGGGGUGAAGGAGCACGAGAGUAGCGGGGAGUCGGUGUUGAGGAUGACGGUUGUGUUGGCGAGGUAUGAGAGCACAAAGUGGAAGAGGAAGUUGGAGGCGGGUGGGUUGCUGGAGUUGGAGGGGGAUGAGAGGGGGGAGUUGGUGGUGAGGAAGAUUAAUUAG